AUGGAUGUUGAUUUGUUUUGGGAUAAUUCGAUCAAUAAUUCAGACUUUCAGUUGGAAACUUACAAACACACACAUGAUGAGGUUUGUACUUUAUUGUUGUUUUCGAAAAAAAAAUGUAAUUUGAUCCUGGUAAAUUGAAACUUGAUUAAACUAGAAUAUUUUUGAAAUAAGUGUAGUUUGAAUUUCUAAAAUUUUUUAUUCUAGAACAAUUUCGCAACAAUUGUUGGAUUGGUUGUGGUAUUUUCAGCAUGUUUCGGUAUCUUCGCUAAUAUAAUAGUUAUCUUACUAUCCUUCAGCCAUGUCAAAGGAGAUUUCAGGUAUCUUUAUAUUUUAGAUUUAAUUUUUUUCAAUAAAUGAAACUGUUUUUUCAGAUUGUUUGUAGCCAAUCUGGCGUUUGUCGACAUUGUUUGCGGUUUCGUUUUUAUGUUCAUGGGAUACAUCAAUGUUGAUCGAGAUCAUCAUUUUCCCAGUGUGUAAGUUCAAAAAGCGCAGAGUUCAUUCUUAGCCUAUAAAUUUAUUAAUGAGGUCUGUGUGAUUAUUGCACAAAAGAGUUCAUCAGGAUCAGAGAAGAAGGUUUUUUCAACUUGAAAAUCAAAAAGAAACUUGCAGAUUUCUCUAUUACAUGACUUUGGCGUUUUAUGGAUCUUUCGGAACUAUGAUUUGUGCAUUGGUUCCAAUAUCUUUAUCUCGAGUGAUGGCUCUUUCAAAAACAUCGUUAUAUUCUACCGUAUGUCUCUCUUUUCAGAUUUGCACUUUUUCUCAUUAAUUCUUCUCUUUUCAGUGUUUUGCUGGUCGACGCUCGUUGUUCUUUUGUCUAGUUCUCGAUUUUCUUCCAGUUGCUCUUUUAUAUGUAAGUACUUGUACAUAUUCCACCCAACCAUCAUCAACAUCAUCAUCCCAUAAUAUUGAAUUCAACAAAAACAAUCGUCUCGAAUUUCAGAUCAGACACUUUAUUUAUAGCAAGUUUAGCUGCGGAAAAUAAAAGAACAUGAGAUUUUCUAAUUGAAAAAAGUCUGAUGAUUGACAGAGAAAAAAACGCGAGAUGUUUGUUUGAACACUUGUAAUGAUGAGAUCAGAGUUCAAUCAAAGUGUCCGAUUUUUGUCUUGAAAAACAUGUUGAGAUCAGAAAAAUCAGGGAACUUUCAAAAAAAAAAACAACUUUUUCAGGUAAUAUGCGUGGUUGAGCACGAUGUUGCGAAACCCUUAUUCUACAUGUUCACAAUAAUCACAGCCCUCGCUUAUUUUGUCGCUUUCGCCACAAAUUAUAUGGUUUUUCGAGUUGUUGGUAAGUAAUAUUUUCAUUUUUGAAAUUUUCUUUGAAAAAACAAUACUUAAGUAUUUUUCAGCCAAACAUAUCCGAGUUGUUCAAAAUUUACGAGAUCAGGCGAGACUUUUGGAAACAAGACAAGUUGCGAUCGCAACAUUGGCACAAGCAUUCAUCCCAUUAGUUUGCCAGGUAUCAAAUGAAUUCUUUGAACUAUACAACUCAAGUGUUUACAGGUUCCCGCAUUUUUGUCAUUGAGCUCGGUAUUAUUGUUAUCUGAGCCAAUGUCGAAUGAAUAUAUUUUUAUGAUGACUCAAGUAUGGCUUGCUUUGAGUCCCUUGAUCGACGCAGUUAUCACAAUUCUUGUUAUAAAACAAUACAGGUAUCAAAAUUUCUACUGAUGUUUUGAAUCAGAAUAUUUUUCAUUUUUUAGAAAGGAAUGUUUGACUUGCGCAUCAAUGGUUGGCAAGAAAAUGUGGCGAAAAGGCACAAGAAGCACAAUGUUUUAUACUGAUGAAAAAGAAGCACUUGAAACGCAACUUUGA